GGUGCUAUGACAACGAGUCCGCGCCCGGCGCUCAGCUGCUACUCGGGCGGGACCCAGGCUGGACCGCGGGCCCCGGCCUGGGGGCCACAGCUGCCACCGCCGCCGCAGCCACCUCGUCUCCUCUCCGUCCCCGCCCCGCCCCGCGUCUUCCCGCCUCGCUCGGGCCCGUGGCCGGGGUCCCUCCCCGCCGCCCCACACCGCGCAGAUGCCGAAGGUGAAGGCGCUGCAAUGCGCGCUGGCGCUGGAGAUCCGCUCUGUAACUUGUCCAGGAGUGGUGCUGAAAGACAAGGAAGACAUCUACCUUAGCAUCUGUGUGUUUGGCCAAUACAAAAAGACACAAUGCGUCCCAGCCACUUUUCCACUGGUCUUCAAUGCCAGAAUGGUGUUUGAAAAGGUGUUCCCUGAAGCAGUAGACCCUGGAGAUGUGGUUGCACAGCUUGAGUAUGAUACAGCAGUGUUUGAGUUGAUACAACUAGUUCCGCCAGUGGGUGAAACACUGUCUACAUAUGAUGAAAAUACACGAGAUUUCAUGUUCCCGGGUCCAAACCAGAUUUCUGGACACCAUGAUUCAAACCGCCAGGUUACCAUGAGGAGGAUUUCUGGCCUUCGAGGAAUUGCUCCAAAGCUGGAAUUUUCUACAACUUCAGUGAUUACUGAAUGUCUCAUAAGUUCAAGGAAGUGCCGCACUCAGGAUAAAUUUAUUUACCAUUCGGCUCCAGUUGAAAAGUCACAUGGCAGACUGCAAAACAGAACAUCAAGAUCACAAAAGAAAAAAUCCAAGUCACCUGAGAGAAAUAAAUACUGCGUAAACGCAAAAAACUACGAGCAGCCAACAAUUUCUUCAAAAUCACACUCUCCAUCUCCUUACACAAAAAGACGCAUGUGUGAGCUAUCUGAAGACACCAGGCGGCGGCUGGCACAUUUAAACCUGGGACCCUAUGAGUUCAAAAAAGAAACAGACAAGCCUCCAUUUGUGAUUAGACAUGUCGAUCCCCCAAGUCCUAGGGCUGAAACUUUAUUUGGAUCUUGUGGCAGGGACUGUGAAAGAGAUGGGUGGUCCAGAAUGCAUUCUGAUCAUUCUCAUCUUGGCUGCUGCCGAUCAAAGGAUUACAAGGUUAUCAGAACACCCCAUGGGAGAGAGUUUGAUGACUCUUUAGAAAGAUGUGAAGAGUAUCUUAGCUCCAGGUCAUGCGGCAAGCCCCAGCAUUCAGCAAGGACCUUACUCGUCCACUCAGCACCCUCAACAAUGCCAAAACAUUCACCAAGCCCUGUGCUAAACCGAGCUUCUCUCAGGGAUAGAUUCCAUUCUGAUUGGUGUUCACCUUCAAACUGCGAUGAGAUCCAUGACCGGGUAAAAAAUGUCUUGAAAUCACAUCAGGCUCAUCAAAGACAUUUAUAUGAUGAGAGAGACCCAGAGAAGGACGAUGACCUGGAACUGAAAAGAGGUCUUUUGUACAGAGACUCUGCCUGCGACAGUGACCCCGAGUACAGCUCAUACCAGCGGCCACGUGGCCCAAUCCAUUUGGAUGAUGGUGAAUACUGGUCCAACAGAGCAGCCUGCUACAAGGGAAAAUCCCACCGACCCGUCUUUGAAAACAGCAUGGACAAGAUGUACAGGAAUUUGUACAAGAAGGCCUGUAGUUCUGUCUCUCAUACACAGGAAAGCUUCUGAGACCAUCCACGAUAAACUGUAUGAGUGUUUGUGUCAACUUGUCAAUGAAAAGUUUGAUGUGAUCAA